AUGCCAACAAUUUGGCCGAUUACACGGCAACAACCCCCGAACUGGCCAGCACGACUGCUGAGCAAGAUGCCGUGGCAAUCCCGGUCCAGCUCACAUGCGCCGCCGUCCGACGGAACUACAAACAGACAGCCCUCAUUCCCCAUCGCAAACACCGGCACGCAGAGAGCGGCGACUCACUUGGCAAGAACGGCAAGUCACGCCCCGCGCGCCUCAAUCUUUUGGUCAAGAUUUGGAGCCGCGCUGCGCUAUCGGCUUCAUGGCCUCCGACCAUAUUCUGAAGAGCGCAACACGGCCCCAAGCUCGGCUGAGCCUAGCUCUAAGACUGCGGCAAGAACUAAUGAGCAAGAUGCCGAGAUAAUCAAGAACACGACUCACCUUCGCCGUCUCCCGCAACGACAAACAACACCUAGCCGACAAUCAAGCGGACUGGAACAAGCUUUGAGCGGGGGGUUCAACGACGGCAGCGGUGUCCCGGGAGGGGAUCCCGCCGUCUGUAAUGAUGUGAGUUGGUUGUCUACAACAACGCUCGUGAAGGACAACCACAACAAUACCUCGCUUGCUACAACGUUGUCGCGGCCGAUGUUAGGACUGCAGUCCGCGCUGUUUGGCAACGACGACAAGCCCGAUCAGCCCAAAGGACGGCAACAAGCCUGCUGA